GGGUGAUGUCGAGCCCCUGCGGUCUUGCCGCGUCACGGAGCCGGGGGGGGGCUCCCCUCCCGCGCUCACCCCAGACCCCUGCCACUUGACACGGGGCCCCGGGGCAGGGCGCAUCUCGUCUCUCUGUGUCGCCGCGACCCGGGGGGCCUCUGACGAGCCCCAGUGUUGAUCCCAUGUGAUGAUCCCCUGUGAUGAUCCCCUGUGGUGAUCGUCGGCUAAGAGGGUGAGGGGGGGUCCCGCACCCCUUCGACGCGGAAUGGGACCCCGAGAGUCGCGGACGGGACCCGUGGUGAGGUCCACUGUCUCCUUUUUCCUGCUGCUGCUGCUGCCCCAGCGUGCGCGAGGGUUCGCCACUGCGGGGGCUUCUCUCUUCCCCGCGGGCACCGUGGACCCCGCGCUGGGGCCGCGCAUCGCCUUCGUCCGGUGCAGAGCUCCUCGCCAGGAGGAGUUCAGCUGUGAGUGGGGGGUGAGGGGCGAUCUGGGGGGCGAGCUGGAGGAGGUGCCAGCUGAGCUCCAGCACUCGAGGCUCCUCUACGCCUUCUACGAUGAGGAGGAGGAGGAUGGUGAGGAGGGGGUGAUGGAGUGCCCCUCGUCGCGGGAGCCGCAUCUGGAGCGCACCCCCGGCGGCCUCCUGGCCACGUUUCGCUGCCGCUUCCCGGAGAGGGACGUCAUCCACUUCACUCCGCUCCGCAUCACCAUCCCGCGGGAGCGGCCCGGCGCAGGUGUAGGCGCCACUGCGCGGCUCUCCCCGCUCUACCACGCGGACAGAGUCUACAUCGACCAGCUGGUUCUGGUCGACCCGCCGGGCGAGCUGGCGGUGAGGAGCGACGGCCGCCAGGGCCGCCUGCGCGCGUCGUGGGCGCCUGCCCCGGGCAGCGACUUCGCGCUCCUCUUCCAGCUACGCUACGAGCGGGUGACGGAGGGCGGCCUCGCGACCCCCGAGCCCACCGCCACACCGCACGAGAAGACCGCGUACAACACUUCCGCGGAGCUGCACUUCCCGGACGAGGAGGCCGCCAUGUACAGGUUCCGCGUCAGGGCCCGGCCCUCGGACCAGAGUCAGUACGCAGGGCCCUGGAGCGCAUGGUCGCCGGCAGUGACGGCGGCCCCUCCGUUCGUCACCGGGAAGCUGGACGUCCGCUGCUUCACGGCCGACCUGCUGUUUGUCGUCUGCGAGUGGCAAGGCGCUCGAGCCGCCAACCUGAGCGGCACCUUCUUCACGGCUUCAUAUCGACUCGGCGGGGGGCGAACUCAGCCCUGUGCUGCUGAGUGGCAGCGGGAGAAGCGGGACGAGGAAGUGGAGCGAGGCCCGACUUGGCGCUGCGGCUUCCCCGUGCAUGAAGACAGCGCCGUGCUGGUGACCGUGAACGCCUCCAACGCAAACGGGCGGCACGAAGUGCAGCUAGGGCCCUUCCUCGUGCGUCAGCAGGUGCGACCGGGCCCCCCCGUGAACGUGAGCGCCGAGCCCGACGGCUCCGCGGGCGAUGUGACGGUGGCGUGGGGGCCGCCCAGCCAGGAGCUGAGCGAGCACCUUCACUACGAGUUGCGCUACAUCGCCGACAACUCUUCCGUUUGGAAGCUCGUGAGUGUGGGCCGUGCCGAGGGAGGCUACCACCGGCUGCACAGCCUGCGGGCCGGGCCGGGCUACCUGGUGCAGGUGCGUGCCAGGCCCGACGGCGUGAGCCUCGCAGGAGAGUGGGGGGCCUGGAGCUCCCCCGUCAGCGUCAAGCCCCGCGCCCCCACGGAUGGUGCCGCCUGGAUCAUCCGCGCGCUGGCGGUGGUGGCGCUGCUGCUUCUGCUGCUCAUGGCUCUGGGCGCGGCGCUCGCUCACGCCGGCAGAAUCAAGGAGCACGUGUGGCCUCCCAUCCCCAGCCUGGAGACUCACUUUGCCGGGCUCUUCCAGAGGUGGUUGGGCGAGUCGUACGAAGUCGGCUGCACAGUCACAGCCGACUCGGAUGCGCAGGUCUGUGUCGUCGAGGUCCUCUCGGAGCUGACGGAGACAUCGCCCAUGGCGGGGAGGAAAGAGGUGGGAACGAUGAAGAUCGCAGGGGAGACGGCAAUGAUCGACGUUUUCGAAGGAAAGAUUUUUGACGACCUCGGCAAGGAAAUCGAGCUCCCACUUCUGAUCGAGUCCGCUCCGAGCCUCGUGCCGAAAGCCGUCACGGACCGGGGCGCCGGCAUCGUUUCCCCGCCGCCUCUACGCAACAACAACAAUAACAACAAGGACGCGAGCGUGGCCCGCCUCUUGCCGAGCGCAACGCCGCUUGAGGACGACCUCUCAGACCGUCGGGCGUCCCCGGGCACCGGGAACAACCUGGCACCGCUGCCGCCGGGAGGAGACCGCGCGGACGAAGCCUCGAGGACGCCGUGCCACGAGUACGUCUGGCACGGCCACGCGCUGUCUCUCUGGCCGGGGCCACCUUUCUCCAACGGGAAUUUCUCGAACCUAGCCUACGUCCCGCCGCUCGAGUCGCCGAAGCCUCCGGACGGCGCCGAUGCCGGCGGCGGCGGCGACGUUGCCGUCGCCACGCUCGAGGCUGCGUCCACGACCAGCCCGCGCUCCACUUUGUGGAGCUGCGAGCGCUCUCGGCAGCCGAGCAGUGCCAGGACCUCGCUGCCGGCGACGUCGCCGGGGCGUCACUCGUACGUGAACUGCGCCAGGCGUCCCGACGCGCCGUCGCGAACUGCGCCGGGACGCCGGGACGCCUGCGGGGCGGCCAACGGGCACGGCGACAAGCUGCUGCCCUACGUGAACCAGUCGCUCGAGAGCUCCAUGUAGCGACCGACGCCGCGCUCGCCCGUCACCGGCCGCAUUCAACCUGCCGCGGUCGCCUGUUAGCUGCCGUGGUCAUCUGCCACUUUCCCAGUUUCCAACUCAAUCCGAGAGCUUUAUCCGAAUCCAAUGGCUGUAAUUUAAUGGGGAAAUCGAUAUCGGGUAUAACAGCAGGCGGCGGCAGUUCUCAAGGGAGGGGACUGGCUCAUGGCACGGAUACCGUGCAAGAUAAAUAUUGGGCGUGCGGGAAACAAUGAGCAAUAUGAGUCAAAGUAAGCUAUGGGAUGUAUUCAAUCGCAUUACAGUUGUAAUAAGGACGCUACUCGCAGUGCAGGGGUAACAGUGGUGCAGCGUGCUCAACAGCCGUGACCCAUUUUACAAUCAGAAUUUGUAUUUCUUCUGGAGGAAUCAAAUGAGCUAUAAAGCUAUUUUACACAGAUGUUAAGUAGGGGUGGGUCACUUGCCAUGGGUUGAGGCUUUAAUGCCAGGAGAGCCCAAAAUAAAUCAAACAAAUCACAGCACAAGAUGUUGGUAAGUGGCUGUAACUUGGUCAGUCACUCAAUAUAAGUUAACGGGAAUUUUGAGCACAAGUAGUUGUUGCUCCUGCUUCUGAACGGAAACCCAGGGAAGCACCUGGCCCGGCACCGUCGCCCCUGGCGACCGCCCGGCACCGUCGCCCCUGGCGACCGCCCGGCACCGUCGCCCCUGGCGACCGCCCGGCACCGUCACCCCUGGCGACCGCUAGGCACGGUCGUCCCUGGCGACCGCCCGGCACCGUCGCCCCUGGCGACCGCCCGACACCGUCGCCUCUGGCGACCGCCCGGCACCGUUGUCCCUGGCGACCGCCCGGCACUGUCGCCCCUGGCGACCGCCCGACACCGUCGCCUCUGGCGACCGCCCGGCACCGUUGUCCCUGGCGACCGCCCGGCACCGUCGCCCCUGGCGACCGCCCGGCACCGUCGCCCCUGGCGACCGCCCGGCACCGUCGCCCCUGGCGACGGCCCGGCACCGUCGCCCCUGGCGACCGCCCGGCACUGUUGUCCCUGGCGACCGCCCGUGCUCUCGCUGAAGUGUCCCCCGUCAACGCGACGCUCGCCUCUCCACAUCUCGUGACGUUUUGUCAGUCAAGGCGCGAGUGUUCGUUAGGCCGGGAAAAACCACAACCCACGCCGUCGUAUCAAGAACGAAACGAAAAUAAAUAGGCAGACGAGCGAAUCGCGUGCCUCCAGCCUAUGCGGACUGCGUAACAAAUCUGUCAUUUUAGGCGGUCGCUACCCUCCUGCUGCACGUGGCUGCCUGUAACCCAGGAACCGUGGAGGCAGCAGCAGCAGCAAGGGUUGGUGGCUCGCCGCACCCCAAUGUUGUGAACCUCCCUUCCUGCGGGCAUUUGAAGAGGUGGCCGUACCCUGGCAUGCCAGGAGGAGCUGCAGCUACAUUCGGACUGUGUGGGAUCGAGUGUUGUCACCUCACUCGGGUGUGUUUUAUCCAGGUGCUCUGCUUUUCUCCCACACGUAAACAUACACGAGUUGCCCCAUAACACCGUCAUAUAUAGAGGGCUGCAGAGUUUGAGGUAUCAUUUGGCGCCCUCUCAUCGCCUGGCUGCUGACUUACCCCGCUCGUCUUUGGUUUCUUACGGGUAUCCCUCGCUUUGCACGGGUUCCAUUUGUGCGAUUUAACAAAUACGCGGCGAACUUGUUGUUUCUACCAAAUAUGCGCUCUAUGCGGUUUGAAUUCACUCUCAUUUGGCGGCUACGCGGUCGGGCAUGGGACAACACUGUGUACUGUGUGUGUAAUAUUUGUGUGUACCGGGUGUGUACUGCGUGUGUACUGUGUAC